AUGAACUCUGCUCCUACUUUCAUGCAUUUUCCUUCAAAAGGCAGACCUAAGAGAGCUGAUACUUUUGACCUUCAAAGAAUUGGAUUUGCAGCUGAACAGCUAGCAAAGUGGAUUGCUGACAGAACAGAUGUUCAUAUUCGGGUUUUCAGACCACCCAACUAUUCUGGCACCAUUGCUUUGGCCCUGUUAGUAUCACUCGUUGGUGGUUUGCUCUAUUUAAGAAGGAACAACCUGGAGUUCAUCUAUAAUAAGACUGGUUGGGCUAUGGUAUCUCUGUGUAUAGUCUUUGCUAUGACGUCUGGCCAGAUGUGGAAUCAUAUCCGUGGACCUCCAUAUGCUCAUAAGAAUCCACACAAUGGACAAGUGGUAUGA